UCCUCCCGUCAUUCUUUUUUUUUGCUUAUUCGGUCGACCACAUUGCAACUCCUGCGCCUUCGCCGAGCGAGCUCUGAACUCGGAAAUCCAGAUGGGGAACGUCUUCGUGAAGAAACCCAAGAUCACGGAGGUGGAUCGAGCCAUCCUCUCCCUCAAGACCCAGCGCCGCAAGCUCGCCCAGUACCAGCAGCAGCUUGAAGCUGUGAUUGAAGCUGAGAAGCAAGCUGCUAGGGACUUGAUCCGGGAGAAGAGGAAAGACCGGGCAUUGCUUGCACUUAAGAAGAAGAAAACUCAAGAGGAGCUGUUGAAAAAGGCUGAUGCUUGGCUAAUAAAUGUUGAACAACAAUUGGCAGAUAUUGAGCUAGCAAGCAAGCAGAAAGCUGUAUUUGAAAGCUUGAAGGCAGGAAACAAUGCCAUUAAAGCUAUACAAAGUGAGAUUAGUCUGGAAGAUGUUCAAAAGCUGAUGGAUGAUUCUGCUGAGGCUAAAGCUUAUCAGGAAGAAAUAAAUGCAAUUCUGGGGGACCGUCUUUCUGCCGAAGACGAGGAAGAAGUUCUGGCAGAAUUUGAAAAUUUGGAAACUGAGAUUACCCUUCAAUCCAUGCCUACUGUUCCUGCUCAAUCAGUGCCAGAAGUAGAAUCUCAAGUUCUGAGCACAGAAGAUGAGCUUCUUGAUCUUCCAGAUGUACCAUCUGGUGUGAAAGACAUCUCAACUAGUUCAGAGAGACAAACAAAAGUUCUGGAGGAACCACUACCGGCUUGAUUGCCCAAAUGAACAUAAAGGGGAUUUCAUUAUUGCUCAACAUUUGUGGUGGUUCUUGGAUUUGUAACAUUUCCAAGGAUAACUCCCAUCUUUUCUUUCUGGUCUCAGUUGGCUUCUUCCUCAGCACGCACAUAUGUGUUGAGCUUAGAGAUCGAAAUGAAAGGCUCUUUUUCCCUUAGAGGCUCUUUUCUUUUGCGUGUACAAAGAACUCAACUGAUAAUAACCAAUAAAACCGAAUGUAACUAUAUUCUCUCAUUUCUUAGCUCGAUCUGAAAUAGGAUAAUUUAUACUGUGUCUAAUCAAAGAUCUUUUGGUUUUUUUCUUUUUUUUUGAUGUUGCAUCUAUUUCACAUUGUUGAUGCUUUGGUCCACUAGCAAGGUUGUCAGUGGGCAUAACAAGUUUGGUCCAUACUGAUGCUUGUCAACUAAAUUUUUCUUAGUUCAAGUUCCAAAUUCUGACUGUAGAUUUAUGAUUUUUUUUCUUUAAUUGUCUAGCCUUGUAAUUGAGCACCUCAGUUGACAGAAUUUAUCAUAGCUGUAUGAGUUACAUGGUCUUUUGAUCUGUCAAUUUCAUCUUUCAGAAAAGAAGAUCUGAUGUAUUUGGAGUCUGCAUCUUCUUAGGAGCAUUAUUCCUGUUCAGCCAAUAACACCCACUACUAACUCAUUCUUAACAUGGAAGGCAAAGUGAUGCUGUUUCACAACUCAUUAUGAAAUACUAAAUUCUAUUCAAUGUUCCAGCUUGUGACUAUGUAAGUUGUAUGCAAAACCUCCAAUAUGAUUUGGCUUGUUGGUAACCUAUUUUAUACUAUUUGUUUGUUGAUCUUGAACAAUAAAUUAAAUGUUAGACCAUUGUUGGUAA